AUGCCUUUAAUCGAUUCAGAAGUUACCAAAUACUAAUGCGAUGCAUAGGAUAGUUCGAAAAAAAUAUAAAAGAAGUCUGGACAUUGGAAAUAAGAGGAACACGAAUCAUAUCUUCGUUUUUUAUAAGAGAAUGCUAAUCAUAACAAAGGCUAAAGGCUAUUUAAAAGAAUGAGCCAAGUAAUAGGAACAAGAACACCUAGUUAAUGCAGGUAAUACUAAGUUUAAUAAGAUUAGAUCUCAUCAUUAAAAGUUCAAUCCUUAAAAACCUUGUGAUAAGAUAACGUAAAUAAAAAUACUAAAAACAAAAUAAUUGGUCAGAUUAUAUAUGAAUAGACAUAAAGAGAAAGAUGAAGAGGAAGAGUGA